UCUCCCUGCAGGACAGCCCUGCUUUGCUUAACUGAUUGCCUCGUGCUCUCUGCUCUUCUCUCCGCCACGCAAAGCAUCUCAGCGAAAAAGAAAGGGGGGGAGGGGAGAUGCCGCCGCGGCGGCCCAACAGCGGCGGCGGGACCUCGUCGGCGGCGGCGCCUCCGCCGAAGAAGGUGCCCUCCCGCUUCCUGCUGCGCGCGGCGUCGGUGGCGUGCGGGGUGCAGUUCGGCUGGGCGCUGCAGCUCUCCCUGCUCACCCCCUACGUGCAGGAGCUCGGCAUCCCGCACGCCUUCGCCAGCCUCGUCUGGCUCUGCGGCCCGCUCUCGGGCCUCCUCGUGCAGCCCCUCGUCGGCCACCUCUCCGACCGCCUCGCCCCCGCCGACUCCCCGCUCGGCCGCCGCCGCCCCUUCAUCGCCGCGGGGGCCGCAUCCAUCGCCGCCGCCGUCCUCGCCGUCGGCUUCUCCGCCGACCUCGGCCGCCUCUUCGGCGACUCCGUCCAGCCCGGGACCACCCGCUUCGGCGCCAUCAUCGUCUACCUCAUCGGCUUCUGGCUCCUCGACGUCGGCAACAACGCCACCCAGGGGCCCUGCAGAGCCUUCCUCGCAGACCUCACCGAGAAUGACCCGAGGAGGACUCGGAUUGCUAAUGCUUACUUUUCGCUCUUCAUGGCCCUGGGAAACAUACUCGGAUACGCCACUGGAGCAUACAGUGGCUGGUACAAGAUAUUUCCUUUCACUGUUACUGCAUCCUGCGGCGUCAGUUGUGCCAACCUCAAGUCUGCCUUUCUGCUCGAUAUCAUCAUUUUGGCGAUUACUACAUACAUUACUGUAGCAUCAGUAGAAGAGCCUCGAUCUUUUGGAAGUGAUGAAGCAGAACGUCCAAGCCACCAAGAGGAAGCUUUCCUCUUCGAACUUUUUGGAUCGUUCAAAUACUUCACGUUACCUGUUUGGAUGGUUUUGAUCGUUACUUCCCUUACUUGGAUUGGGUGGUUUCCUUUUAUCCUCUUUGACACCGAUUGGAUGGGUCGAGAGAUCUACCGAGGAAGCCCAGAAAUCGUUGCCGACACUCAAAAGUAUCAUGAUGGUGUGAGAAUGGGUUCAUUUGGUCUGAUGCUGAACUCGGUCCUUCUUGGAGUCACAUCUGUUGUAAUGGAGAAGUUGUGCAGAAAGUGGGGAGCUGGACUUGUGUGGGGUGUCUCCAAUAUCAUAAUGGCUUUGUGCUUCGUGGCGAUGCUUAUUAUAACAUAUGUGGCAAAGAAUUCGGAUUAUGGACCUAGUGGAGAACCUCCAACCGGCAUUGUUGUUGCUUCCAUUAUAGUUUUUACAAUUUUAGGAGCACCACUGGCGGUCACAUACAGUAUACCAUAUGCGAUGGCUGCAAGUCGUGUUGAAAAUCUUGGGCUUGGCCAAGGUCUAGCAAUGGGCAUUCUCAAUUUAUCUAUUGUCAUUCCACAGAUCAUUGUGUCGCUGGGUAGUGGGCCGUGGGACCAACUCUUCGGCGGUGGAAAUGCGCCGGCAUUUUUUGUGGCAGCUGCCGCCUCUUUCGUCGGUGGGCUGGUUGCUAUCCUGGGACUUCCACGAGCCCGCAUUGCAUCAUCGAGGAGGAGAGGCCAACGAUGAUGAGUACGCACAUCGUUGAGUUACACAGGUUUGUACAUCAUCCUCGAGUUAAGCAGUUGGAAGUUGCAACCAUUCUUUGCACUUCUUGGAAGAAGACACUGGGAACGCACGCUAUGACGCUUAGGCAUGGGGGGUUCUGUAUAUUAAUGCUCGGUUCGAGGGAAGAAACAGCUCUGGAAUUUGGUCUUUGCUUCCUCCAUGAGCUGUUUUGUUGCCAUUUUCACGUCUCCGUCUGAGACAGACAUCGUUGUACGUUUUGUUGUAUAUCAGAUGCUUUUUAUCAUUUUGUCGGAGAUCACCAUCAUCAAUAAAUAAAAGUCGCAGGGUUUUGCUUGA